UCGACCUUUUGAUACUGACAAACCCGAGCCCGGAGAGCUGAUUCGGGCAUGAGCGAUGGAUUCGAGGCGACAUCAUAAUCCAUAACAGCAUCCAUUUCCCUCUUUCACUUAGUUCUCCAACGGCAUGGCCAUUCCCGCCUGGAAACGACUGGGACUGAACAUAUCAAGCGGCGCCCAAUCCGGAGCCGCCGUGCCUGGGUCCAAUGACCAGCAAGACACCACACGCUCUGCUGAGAGCGGUGACGUUGGACGACGCGACGGCGAACAAACUCACUGCGAGACCUUAGCAUCCGUGACGGGAAAAUCGUCAAGCCUUGGCAAGAGAAAACAUCCUUACGACGCAGCUGAGCCAGCCAACCAGGAUCCCAAAAGGAACAGAAUCUCUGGAAAUCAAGAAACAUCAAGCGGCGGAGCCGUCGGCGCAGGUUUGGAUGUCGCGGAAGUGGGCAAUGGUGAGCCAAAUGCCCAGUCCGAGGUAGCGGACAAACCGCGUCCCAAGGGAGAUCCCAACUAUCGCCAGAAAAAGAAGAAGGGGCAACGAUCUGUCCCCCCUGGGCAGCAAACUACUUCGGCAUCGCGGCAGGAGUCGAGCAGACCGCAGAGUCUCACGGCCGCAGACACGCCCAGCAAGCUCCUAGCCACGCCAAAGUUUUCUAAGAACCUGACAAACGCCUCGGGCUCACCGCCGCCUACGGACCGCAGGAAAUCUGUCACCUUCACUCCCGAUACGAAAACAGUUGACGGCAACAGCGCCCACAAUCUUUUCAAGAAAUGGGUAGCAGAGCAAAAAGGCGCACAAGACGAGUUUACCGCAACGGAGGCAGCGCAAUUCAUUCCCCCAUCUAUGUCGCAUCCCGCCAACGGUCUUCAGCUUGUCAGUGAUGCAAACACGCCGAAGCCGAAAGGAAAGAAGAAGGACCCGUCGCUUUACCUGGCCUAUCUUGCGCAAUACUACAACGACCAUACCAACUGGAAAUUCAACAAAGCAAAACAGAACGACGUACUUGAAAACGCGCUCAACAUCUUCCGCAUCCCUGACCAGCACCUCGAAGCACUGCUCGCGUACGUAAAAGGACUCAAGGGUGCUGGUGUUGUUGAACGAUUGAAAGCGCGUUGCCACGCUGCGCUUACCGAGCUCGACGAAACAGACAGCAAAAUGGAUGAUAGGGAGGCACAAGAGAUAGCCGAAGCGGAUGCAUUGGAGCGGAGACUAUCGAACGAGAGAAAGCGGCGGCGAACUGAACGGGAUGUGGAGGCCUUGCGAGAUCAUCCAUAUCCCGAAGGUUUUAUACGGCGCCUAAAACGACGCAGAGCAGAGGCAUUGCUUAAUGCACUGAAUAUGGCCACUCCCCUGCCCCCUCCGUUGCCCCCUCCAUCGGCUUCAGGUGAAACGGAAACGGCGCCUGUUGCGCCUGACCAAAGGCUGUCCCAACGGAUUCCAAGGAAGCGGAAAUCGAGAACAGAGGUGUCCAGCGAUGAGUCUUCGAGUAGCAGCAGCGAGGAUUCUACCUCAGACGAUUCAAGCUCGGAUGAUUCGAGUUCAGACGAGUCAAGUGCCGAGGAGUCGGGUUCUGAAGAGUCAUCCGAUGAUACGAGCUCGACGAGCAGAACAGAGAAGACCAGCUCUUCAGAUAGUGACAGUGAGAGUUCGUCAGGACCUGACAGUGGCAGUAGUGGAAGCGAGCAGGAGACGUCAGAAGAUAGCAGCAGCGAUGAAAGUGAUUGAGAUUGGGUAAUUUAUGACACGUAUUCUUGCAUAUAUGGGCGUUUAACUCAAGCUACUAGCUAUUGGAAGUGUCUGUGAGUUUGC